CACACAGAAACACGGACUACGUCUUCACAAGGGGCUUGGUAUCCCUCGGUCAGACGGCACUUUCAACGCAUAGUCCGGUCAAUCGAGCUCCUAGUACAGGCCGAGUACUAAAGAACAGACAGUCCGUCUCUUUUCUGUCCCUUGUUAGACUACAGAUACUCUCCAAUUCCAAUUCCUGUACAUCCUCAAAGUUCUACCUGGAAAUCCUACAUAAAAUCCCACAACCAUGUCCCCCUCAGCCGUGCCACCGACUCCAUCCGCGACCCCCACCAUCGCCGCCCAAACCCCCACCAAACACGUGACCGUACCCAGCGCCUCCCACCAAAUCCCCGCCUGGGUCCAACCCGACCUCACCCGCCUCCUGCGCGUAGAACACCACCCAGGCUCCUUCACCAGCCGCUCCGUUUCCCUCGUCACGCUCCCCCCGGGCGCCCUCUUCGCUCGCAUCACGAACCCGACCCCCGCCAGCGCCGCCUACUCCUCCGUGCAAGCCUCGCGCGACCUGCAUAUCGAACUCAACUGCGACUUGCUGUACGUGAACCACAGCUGCAAGCCCAGUCUAGUGUUCGACAUGCAGAAGUGGGAGGUGAGGGUCAGUGAACGCGGGGAGGGCCUCAAGGAGGGCGAUGAACUCACGUUUUUUUAUCCGAGUACUGAGUGGAGUAUGGCGCAGCCUUUUGAGUGUUUGUGUAAGGAGGAGGCGUGUAAGGGGGUUAUUAAGGGGGCGAGGGAUAUGAAUGAGGGGGCGUUGAGGGAGUAUUGGUUGAAUGCGCAUGUGGAGGAGAUGUUGGAGGAGAGGAAGGCGGGGAGGUAGGUGAUGGGGUGUGUGUGUAGAGGUGGCAGUUUUUUUGGUGUGCUUGAAAGAAGCUUUUUAUUGUAGAUCACGGGUUCGUUUGACUGUUGUAGUGGCUGCGACUCUGCGGAUAGAUUCACGAUCAAGAUGGGCUAGAUUCCUCUAGAAAUCAACAUAUUGCGUUAAUAUAGAUAUUUGAAUAGAAUGAGCCUAUACUUGUGUUGCUGCCU